AUGAUUUUAAAGCGGAUUGUCGGUCUGUCUAGCUUCGCGGCUCUUGCUGGCACUUCUUUUUCAAGUCCGGUAGCUCCAAGCCUACGCGAUUAUGCUGCACAGGUAGCUCCAGGCUUGCGUGAAUAUGUCGCCGCAGCAGGCUCAUCAUCUGGAACUAUUAUGACAAUAACUUACGCUAAUGGAAGCACGGUAACCUCUACUAUUUCCUCAUCUGCUGCUUCAUCACCCGGCCAAUAUUCAAGCUCGCCCUCAAUUUCAAGUCUGCCUUCUAGUUCGGGAUCUACAAGUGGAAGCAUUAGCCCCUCUACUUCAUCAGUCUCGCCUAUUUCUACAAGUACGGGUGUCUCCUUUAACACUAGUACGAGUGCCAGCAGUCAGAUUGGGACAUCAACCUCUCUCUCAACAACCUCUAGCUCUGUUAUAUCUACGGCGCUCAAUAUAUCAUCAUCCUCAGUCGUGGAGACGCUCACGAAUCCCAGUGGGUCUCCUGUCACUCUUACGCUGCCCGCCACUGCAUCUAUUACCGGACUCGAGACCAUCACCAUAUCCGGCUCUACAUUGACCGUAGAGCCUAUAACUACGACAUCUAGCGUAUCCUCGACAACAUCAUUAUCUGGUUCAUAUGUUGCGACAUUCACCGAGCCUGAUGGGUCAUCCAUAGUCCUCACACUGCCUACCGGCUCGUCUUUGACGGGAUUACAGACUAUCACCACGGACGGAAUGACGCUCACUGUCGGGCCUGCGUCGACCCCAACUAGCAGUGUCAACAUUACGUCGACUAUGACAACGGAGCCUUCUGGGCUGUCUGUUGAACACUUCACCGGAGGCUCGGUCACGGCAAAUUCUUGGCUUACAACCACGGGCAGCGACCACUCGACGACGAUUGUACCCAUAAUCUUGCCCUGUCCAACAUGUGCACCGGAAAUCGUCUGGAACGUGCCAGAAGUUCCAGACGUUGAUUUUAGUUGGCCAUCCCUCCCACAGCUACCCAAAUUCCACCUGCCUUGCGUCCAGAUCUUCGGUAUCACUAUUUCUGGCUCGUGCCCUGAUCCUUCGGGGCCUACUCCCCAAAAUGAUGCCCCACCCGUCAGCCCGGGGCCUUCGCCUUCACCGACCUCUUCUCCAUCUAGUAGCUCCUCAGGGUCAUCCGAGUCAUCGAGCUCAAGCAGUUCGUCGGGCUCGUCAAGCUCUAGCAGCUCUAGCAGUUCCACCAGCACUUCAAGCUCUUCGACUUGCACCGCAACUUUAAGCGUGCCCGUAGCUCCCGCUCAGUUGACACAGCCAACUGUGACUUUGACCUCAGUAUCAGCUACUAGCAGUUCAAUCACUACAAGCCAGACGUCUUCCACGACCUCGAAAGUGAGCUCUUCAACAUCAUCUCCUUCUUCAACAUCAUCUCCUUCUUCAACAUCAUCUCCUUCUUCAACAUCAUCUCCUUCUUCAACAUCAUCUCCUUCUUCAACAACGACAACAACAUCAUCAUCAUCUGCAGCAGCCACUCCGACUGGACAAGUCUACAUCGACAUUUUCACUGACUCGGACUGCAUUAACGUGCUCGAGCAGACACAGCUGAACGCCAUAGGCCAAUGCUACAGUCCCACCGACUCGGAUGGAAAUCCGACAACCUUCAAAUGCUUCUCGCUGACCUAUAUAAGCACAGCAGCAUCCAACUCGGCCUCGCUAACGGCUUUCAAAGGCCCCGGAUGUUUUAGCCAGGAUGACUCUGACAUAAUGUCCUACGCCAACUUGACUGAUAUCGACUACGACGAUGAAAAACCUUUUACAAUGCAAUCCUUGUCUCUCGGCGGGACUUGA